GUUCAGGUUCUGAAGUAUAAAAAAAAUCUUGUUUCUGAAGUUUAAAAAACAUCUUGUUCAGUUUUUAUUAAAAACUAGUUUUGCAUAAGGAAAUCUAAAAUGACAUCUGCUUCGAGUACAAGUGCUCGAUCACUUUUUGGUGAUUCUAAAAAUUUGUUGAGUGAACGAGUGAAGUUAAACAUUAACAAUAUGUCAUCAGUUAUCAAACAAAUUCAUAAAAGUUCCAAAAGUCAUGAAAAAUUAAAUCAAACAAUCAAAAAUUACUCAUUACUUGAAUCUAAUAUUGAUCGUACAGAACAUAAUUUAAAUCAAUUAAGAAAUGUUUCUACAAAUUUUAACCAACAAUACAAUGAAUUACGAAGAUCAAUAUAUUUGAUAGAAGAAGUUAAAGAACAUGUUCAAACUAUGCAAAGAUAGUUGGUAUAUUUCAUUAGACAAUUCCAAACUAGUUAUUAUUACUAUAUUUUCUAAUUUAUGAAUUUGUUUU